CUUGUUCAACGCGUUCUCAACUUUUUUUUUUUUAAUUACUAUCAUCGUAUUUAUUAAUGGCUGAUACCUUGAAAGAUAUUCCAGAAUUCUUUGAAACUGAACUUGGAGAAUCCAUUAUUGCAAGAACUGAUGCUUUAGGCACUUUUCGUGAAUUAGGACCUCCUGAUCUUUGUCAUAUUAUAAAAACGAAUGCAAAACCUGGUGUGAGAGAAAUUGGUAGUUAUCAUUAUGUUUCUGGUGUAGAUGCUUCUUCCUCAGCUACUCUGGCUGCCUAUUUGAACUCUUUGACUUAUUCUAUGGAUGAAAAUCAAUCUUGGUUCACGAAAUCAAAUGCUUGGAGAAUUCGAUCUGGAAUCUAUUGCUGUUUCAAUGCCUUUUCUCGUGUCGAUGUUCGAGUGGAAGUCAAAAUUCCUGGUGGUGUUGAAAGCUAUUAUGUUGAUGUUCGUGGUGAACGUCAUGAAGCUACAUCAAGUAUUUGGCAAGAAACUUAUUUAUCGGCAGUACUUCGAGCUAUCUUGUAUUCGGAUGAUAGUUAUUAUCGAUUGGCUGGUUAUAGAAAAGUGGAUCCUAUCACAAGUUUGACAGCGGAACAAAAGUUUUUGGAGGCUGUGGAAAGUUUAUUCUUCAAGGGUUGGCAACUGGGUAGUAAACCUGAAAUACAAACAGCUACUGUGGUCCACAAUCAUUUGACAUCUGGUGUGAUGAAAUACUUUAGUGAUAGUUUCCGAUAUGGUCCUGCUAUUGAAUUAUUUGAAAAAUUACAAAAGAAGGAUCCUGAAAUUGGUGCUCUUUUAGCUGAAGCUUAUAUUGGUCAAAAUGAAGAAAUUAAAGCAGUUCAAAUCCUCUAUGAAGAUCUCAAAUUGGUACCCAUGAGUUAUUCCUUAUUACAUGUACAAGUCGACUUCUUACGCUCAAAGGGUGAAUAUGAAAUGGCAUUAAAGUUGGCUAAAUUUGCCGUCAACACCACUCCUUCCGAAUUUAUGACUUGGGCCAAACUUACUGAUGUAUAUAUUGAUUUGGGUGAUUAUCAAAGUGCCUUGUUGACUUUGAACUCCUGUCCUAUGUUUACUUACAGUGAAAGGGAUAUGCAUCGUAUGCCAGCACCUGCCAAGACACAUUUACCUAUCAAAACGGAAAUUGCAAGUUCUGGUGUUAUGGAAGAGGAUACAGUGGGUCGUGAAAAUGAAGCUGAUCCUAAUCUUCUUCGUCUCCCAGCACCUGCUUUACAUGGUACCUUUGCCAAAGCAUAUGCAUUACUGACUCGUCUUGCUACCCGUAUUGGAUGGGAUGAUUUACUCAAAUGUCGAUCACAUGUAUUUGUCAUGGAGGAGGAAUACCGAAUGCAAAAAGCCAAAGAAGAAGAACGAAAAACCAGCUUUUCCCACAGUUCCAUCCAUCAAGCCACCACCACUACUGCUAACGACACUUCUGAUGAGACAUCUGCCACCACUGCACCUCAACAAAAUGGUGAACAACAAAAUGAUGAGAAGAACGAAGAAACAACAAAUUCAUCGGAAAUCAAGGAAUCUACAAACGACGACGAAUUAGCCGAGAAAUUGGAAGAUGUCAAUUUAGAUGAAGAAGAUAAUACUCCUUUGAAAGCCUCUGAUACAACAACAUCUCCUCCUCCCGCUGCUGCUGAUGUCCCCAAGAUGGAAGAUACUUCAUUAGAACGUCCUCGACAAGCUGCUGAAGAUCCAAAGAGUGAUGAUAAGGAAGCUCGAGUCAAGGAAGAUGUCAACUUUUCCUUUGGUAAUAAACGACUUUGUGAACGCUGGUUGGACAAUCUCUUUAUGGUGUUAUACGAAGAUUUGCGGAUAUAUACCUUCUGGCGCACUGAAGCUGCUCACUACCGUGCUCAACAAAUGCCUUACCGAAAGACUGGUACAGAGUGGGAACUUUUAGGUGAUCUUGCUCUUCGAUUGUGGCACGAGGAUGAAGCCAAGGAAGCAUUUGAACAAUGUUUGGACUACAAAUUUUCAGCCAAGGCUUGGAUCAAACUUUUGGAAAUCUACGCAAAAGGUGGCAACGUUGAACGUGCUUUAUUAGCAGCUGUCAAAUUGACAGUUUAUCAUGAACGAUGGUAUCAUGAAAUUGUGUAUCCUACUGAAAUUGCUUGCAAUUUGAACAAGUUGAUCCGUACUGAAGGCUUAUCCAAGAUGCAGAAUGUUUUGACUUCGAUGAACUUGCCACAAGCGGUACAAAAACUGAUGCGACGCUAUUUUGAUUAUGGUGAAUUAUUCAAGGUAGAAGGUUAUGAACUGUGAUUUACACACACACAUAUAUAUAUUCUCUCCUCUCUUCUUAUAUACUGGUUUAGUUUUAGUACCUUCCCCCUCUUCUCCCCGCUUUAUUAUAUUUUUUUUACAUUUUAUUGAUGGAUUUCCUUUUACCAAGAAGAAAAAAAAAAAGAAAAAAGAAACAAUCAAGUCACUAUAUUAUUUAUCGAUGUGCAGUGCACCUCAUUACAAUUUAACACACUUUUUAUACAAUUGAUUCUAAAAUAAAUAUGGAUGAAAAUGUUAUUUUC